UACAAUUCCCAUGGUUCAUUACAACUGCAGUUCAAAGGUCAAGGAAUAGGGAAGUUGACAGUCAACAUGCUAUGAGUUAUCAAUCGUAGGAUUAAUCGUUUCUCAAAAAAACUGUAUUUAUUCAAAUUGUAUUUUAAUUGCUUUUUGGAUCAUAGUCUUCUGACAGUUAGAUGUGAAUUAAGUACGCGGGCUUCGAAAUUUCAUUCAUUCUUCAAUGAGUAUUGUUACAAGUGACAACCUACUGUCUUGUCUGGAGUUGCAGCUUAAGUUUGAAAGGAGGCACCGCACAUCUCUGAACAGGAACUGUCGCUGCUAUGAACGUGGGAGCGUUUUUCAUUCUGGGGCUCGUUGUUCACGUCGUAUUCUUCAUCUCUAUAUUUGACAUAUACUUUACAUCUCCUCUGGUCCAUGGGAUGACACCGCAACACGUUCCCCUUCCUCCUCCUGCCAAGCGCCUUGUCCUGUUUGUGGCGGACGGUCUAAAAGCAGACACCCUGUUUAAGACCGAUGACACCAAAAUAGACAAGGCACCUUUUAUACGAAGCAUAAUGGAGGAGAGCGGGAGCUGGGGUGUGUCCCACACCCGGGUCCCCACAGAGUCACGCCCGGGUCACGUGGCGCUGAUUGCGGGGUUUUACGAAGAUGUUAGCGCAGUCGCUAAAGGCUGGAAGGAGAACCCCGUAGAGUUUGACUCUGUGUUUAAUGAAAGCCGACACACAUGGUGCUGGGGAAGCCCAGACAUCCUGCCCAUGUUUGCUAAAGGUGCUAGUGGGGACCAUGUCUACACGCACACAUAUUCCGCUGAGAUGGAGGACUUUGCGUCCACAGAUGCCUCGAAACUGGACACGUGGGUAUUUGAUGAAGUGAAGGCAUUUUUCAACUCUGCAAAAGCGAACGACACCUUGCUGUCUCAGUUACGAGAGGAACGCAGUGUUUUCUUCUUGCAUUUGCUUGGAAUAGACACGAACGGUCACGCCCAUCGGCCGAUGUCCAGGGAAUAUGCCGAAAAUAUCAGAAUUGUUGACGCCGGCGUUGCAGAGAUAGUCUCUGUGAUGGAAGACUUCUUUGGAAAUGACAAAGGCACAGCUUAUAUUUUAACCUCUGACCACGGAAUGACAAACUGGGGUUCUCAUGGAGCUGGACACCCGUCUGAGACUCUCACCCCCUUGGUCGCCUGGGGGGCGGGGAUUCGUACAGCUGAGAGGACAACCACUCAACAUUUCAAUGACCACUACCUGCAAGAGUGGGGACUUGAAUACUUAAGGAGGAUAGAUGUCAACCAGGCAGACAUAGCUCCAUUGAUGUCUUCCCUAAUUGGAGUGCCUAUUCCUUUAAAUUCUGUGGGUGUUUUGCCGUUGGGUUACUUGGAUAACAGUGGACUUUUUAAAGCAGAGAGCAUGUAUGCAAAUUCCAUUCAGAUUAUGGAGCAGUUCAAGGUUAAGAUGGCCCAGAAAAAGGAAACUACAUUAUCCAUUCUGUUCACUCCAUACCAACAGCUGACUGAGUCCAAGCAGCUGGAUUUUGUGCGACAUGUCAGGUCCCUCAUCCAGAAAAGAAAAUACGAUGACGCUAUCGCUCUGUGCAAGGAGAUGAUCUCCCAGGCUCUGGAUGGGCUAACGUACUACCACACCUACGACCGGGUCUUCCUGGGCAGCAGUGUGGUGUUUGGCUUUGUGGGCUGGACCUCCUACGUCGUCCUGGUCAUCCUGAAGACCCACGCAGCCUUGCGAAGGCCUCGCCCCCUGAGCGACCUGGUAUCUGGCAGUGUGGUUUGGAAGACAUUUGCCUGUCUAGCCCUCGGGAUUACCAUGUUCCUGCUGAUCCAAGCCAGUCCUUGGACUUACUACAUAUACUGCCUGCUUCCAGUGUACAUCUGGUACUCAGUGUUCAAAGAGUUCAGGACGCUCGCUGACUUGAUGAGCUCGCUUCCCUCACUGCCCUGGGCCAAAUAUAUGGGCUAUUUUGCGCUGGUGGCUUUCGGGAUUGAGCUGUUGGUGGUUAGCUUUUUCUAUCGGGUGGUGCUAACAUUCGGACUGCUGCUGUUGUCAGGGUGGCCCAUUGUAUGCCGCUUACACACUCGAGCAAAGGCCAAGUCACUGGGCUGGAUGAUGGGCUGCCUGUCAUUGACAGCCUUCCCCCUGAUGCCUGUGGUGGAAAGAGAACUGAAUGUGGGGCUCGUGGUUUGUGCUGCGGCCCUCAUCCUGCUCACCUCCGCUUGCUUCCUUUGGCUGUCGUGGAGGCUCAGUCCACCACGCUGGGGGGGCAGUUUCCUCUACAUCUCUCAGAUGGUCCACUUGGCCCUGUGCGCCUACGUUGUGUUCAGCACGCAUUCCAGCCUCCGGCAGAAACAAGGUCUCCCGGUGAUCAGCCAGGUGUUCAGCUGGGUCACGUUAGCCUCCUCAUUCGUGGUGCCCCUCCUAAGCUCCACCUGCAUCUUCCAGCGGCUCCUCAGUAUCUCCUUGUCCCUGGCGUCAACGUACCUCCUCCUCAGCACGGGGCAUGAGGCCUUCUUCCCGCCAGCGCUGUCCUCACUAAUGUUGGUGUGGAUUAACAUGGAGCAGGAGGCCUUACGUGCACAGGGUGCCUCCCCAAAGCUGGAAUCUUGGUUGCAGCUCUCCAGCAUUGACUUUUCUGCCAAUAUUGAUAUAACCAAGAUCCGGCAACUGAAGCUUGAUGACAUAAGAAGAUCAUACUUUUUUGUAUUUUUCAUUAUAACAGCAUUUUUUGGAACAGGGAAUAUAGCCUCUAUUAACAGUUUUGAUCCAGCAUCUGUGUACUGCUUUGUGACUGUGUUCAACCCCUUCGUUAUGGGAGCCUUGAUGAUGUGGAAGGUGUUGAUACCGUUUAUCAUUGUCAUGUGUACAUUUGAGACAAUCCAGGUCUCAACACAGCUCUCCUCUAGAAGCCUGUUCCUAAUCGUACUAGUUAUCUCUGACUUGAUGGCUUUGCACUUCUUCUUUCUGGUUAAAGAUUACGGGAGCUGGCUGGACAUCGGCACCAGCAUUAGCCAUUACGUCAUUGUGAUGUCUAUGACCAUCUUCCUGAUGUUACUGAACAUUUUCUCGCGUGUCUUGACCUCCAAAAGAAUCCACGUGGGCUGGGGGGUGAAAAUGCACUCCACGUGAAGGUCUCAGAGCAAAUUUGUGCAAGUGUUAGAAAUGGGGCUAUAGCUGCCUAAGGAUGCUGUGCAUUCAUUACUGUGUGUUGGGUUUACUGGGAUACGGAAAUGCUCAUUUUGGUUGGUUAUUGUGACAUGUAGAGCCACAUCUUUUUUCUGGUUAAUUUCACAGUUAAUACUAUACGAAACAGGAAGCAAUGUUUGUGUUGUGCCUUUCAUAUUAAGUUUACACCUCAUCAAACAAACAUGAAUAAGUAUAAAGAUCAUGAUUUUGUAUGUUACAAGUUAAGUUGGUACAUUUGAUCCAGUGUCAUACUGGAAUCCAAAGUGUUUACUUUUAAACAGAUUUCACGUAAGUAUUACGGUAUGUGUUUAUAGUAUGGACAAUAGUCUACAGAGCAUAUUUUAAAUUGUAUUCCGGAAAAAAUGUUAUUCCUACCAUGUUAGAUACAAAACAUGCUCUAAUUCUUUACAUUUUCAUGGCAACUCCUCGACUAAGCGCUACUUUCAGUUUUAAGUAGGCCUAAUAACUUUGAUAAAUGUUAUAUAUAGAUACGGCAGUGAAUGUAUUUGUUAAUGAAUAAAUAAAUUUAAAGAAGAAAAAAAUACAAAAGAUGACGCCUAUGCAGGAAAGGCGUAUUUAAAUUAUAUGCGUGUUUGCGAGUUAUUUUUUUUUCCUCGUCUCGUAUCUUAUCUUUGUCCAAAACGUAUAGUAGUUACUAUGAACCACACAAAAUGAGUCUCUCAGUUUCAUAUGAAAGCACAUGGCCUGUCGCGGUUUCCGUGCGUCUGACGGGGAACUUUCCACAGAAAUGCUAGUCACUCUUGUGCUACUGCAAGCAUUCUGCAAUCAGAUAGUGCUGCAGUAGACCUUGGUCUGUGCAGUCGGGGGGAGAAGGUAGGUCGUGUCAUUUCUCUUUUUGUGAAUUUAUAACGAUGUAACGGCGUCGUUAAUUAAGCAUACAAAUAUGUGUGGUUUUAUUUGAUUAACUGAAAACAGAGAAAGUUCAUAAAAACAGAGCAGAUUUCAUUUUGGCAUGCAUGCUAAUAUAUUAUCAACAUACAUUAUGGGAAAAAUUUGUGAAAUAGCCUGUCAGAUCUGGCUCACAUACAGUACGCAAAUGUGCAUAAACCUGUGGAUGUCAAAGUGCAUUUUCUUGAAAAUGGUGCAGCAGAAAUUGACCAGGUUUUUCCUGAAAAUAUCUGUGAACAUUGUCUUUCAGUAUAAAAGGUAUAAAACUUGUUUAUACCUUAUGGGACAAUUCUGAGAAAUGGUCUAUCAAACAUGGCUCAUAACACAAAAUAAUGGAUUUCAAAAUGCCUUGGAAAUGGUACAGUAAAAGUUGAAUGCAUUUUGUCUGGAAAUAAUCUUCGACGUUGCCUUUCUGAUGCUAUAUGACUUGUUUAUACAUUAUGGGAAAGUAAGAAAUUAAUUGUAUUUAAGUUAUCCAAGGUUUCCCAGAAGGUCGGAUACUCUGAACUGCUGUUCGGUGUAAAUGCAGAGACAACAGUCAGAGCCCACCCCCCGACUCAGAGUCAAAGGGACUGUCACCCUGGUGAACUCCAACUCACUGGCAUUGAACUGGGCGACUAUAAGUAGACCUACCUCCACCUGGCGCCUCGCACCAUGGGCAACUCCAGGGUGGAAUCCAGCCCCUUUCCAAAGUUUGGUUCCAGAGCCUGAGCCCGAGUCAAUAUCUCUCUACCUCCCGCAUGAGUUCAGGCAGGUGCUGAAUUGCACUUAGUAUGGCUGGUUACAUAGGACCAAUUCGCCUUUGGAGACCUUACCUGGGGCAACUGCUCCCAACAACAUAGCUCUUAGGAUCAUAGGGGCACCCAGACCCACGAUAAGUUGGUAAUUCAUGGAGGGUUAUAUUAAAAUUAUAUAAUGAGCCUGGCUGAACACAAAUUCUGUGCAAAUACACAUCAAAUGAAGUGUCAAAUUUUACUGUUUGUGUAUUGCAAUUGCAUUCUCCGUCACACCCUACCUAUCUGCCCCUCCUGUUCCUGCCUAGUGUGGCUAUAACAGGCUACCUUUGUAUAAUGCACUCCAGCUGCCUCUCGUUCUACUCCCCUGCUAGUCUUUGUAUAAUGGUAUCUCCCAGUCCUGUGUUCCUCAGUCUUGUCAUUGAUGUUAUUAGUCCUUUUAGUCUUGUUGUGCAUCCCAGUGUUGAGCUCUACUGCGAUUCCUUCGUUUUCCUGCCUUUGUGAGUGGAAUAAAUCCAUCUUGCUUUGCCCUGA